AUGACUUCUGAUCUUCCUCGUGCUAGUGUUCAAGAUGUUUUGAAUUGUUCUUUUACAGUUUGGUAUCCAUUAUUUGAACGAUAUUCUAUUAAAAGUGUUAUGCUUAAUUUAACGGAUGAUAUUCUAGAAUAUCUUCGUUCUGAUGAUUUUUAUCUUCCUACAAGUGCAAAUGAAGCAAUGGAUGAAAUGCGUCGUGUUAAUGCGAAUCCAUCAUCUGAUGAUGAUGAUGACGAAGAUCAUUGGUCUGAUGAAGAUACAGAUACAACAAAAAAGAUUUCAUUUCCAGAAUUUGAGCAAAAAAUCAAAGAUGUAUUAGAUCAAUAUGAAGCUGUAUUUCCAAAACUAAAUUGGAGUAGUCCAAAAGAUGCUCGAUGGAUGAUAAGUGAUAAUCGAUUAAAAUGUACAAAUCUAGCAGAUAUUUUUCUACUUUUAAAAAGUUCCGAUUUUAUCACACAUGAUCUUUGUGAACCAUUUAAAUUUUGUUAUGAUGAUGAUCAUAGUUUAUUAUCAACAAUUAAAUAUGUACUUGUAUUAAGAGAAUGGUCCGCAUUACAACCAUCAAAAGAAUUUCGAUGUUUUGUCAAAAAUAAUCGAAUUAUUGGUAUUAGUCAACGUGAUAGUGAAAAUUAUUAUGAAUUUAUUGGAUCAUCAGCUGAUCAGAUUCGUGAUAAUAUAAUAGAAUUUUUUAAUAGAAAUAUACAAAAUAAAUUUCCAUCAACUGAUUUUGUUAUUGAUAUUUAUCGUAAAAAUUCAAAUAAAUUAUAUAUUCUUGAUUUUAAUCCAUGGGGUCCAAUGACUGAUAGUUUACUUUUUCAUUGGCCUGAAUUGCUAAAUCUAUCUACAGAAAAUAAUAAUGAAAAACCAGAAUUUCGUUAUGUAAAUUCACAAAAUGGUAUUAAACCAAAUAGUUAUACACAAUAUGCAAUGCCAAAAGAUAUUGCUGAUAUAUCUCGUGAACGUGAUCUUAAUAAACUCGCUGAUGUUUUAGCGAGUCAAAUACAAAUACAAAAUAAUGAUGUCGAUAGUGACAAUGAAAGGAAUAGUUAA